AUGGAGUUCAUGGGCGCAGGACGCGGGGCGUAUGAGCGAGAGUUUGUCAAGAAUGGCGUCCAGCGCUGCCGCCCUGCGUGCGUGGCAGCCGGUGUUUGCUGUGGCCUCCUGACCUUGCUUGGCCUAUUGCUGUUCUUCCUCUUGCCGCGCAACGUUGGUCAGGCUGACAUCGAUGUGCCCGUCCCUGGGUACGACUGCAUCACUGACUACCACGACUGGCAGAACCGUUGGGGCGUGGAGCAUCGCGAAUUCUGCUGCCGAAAGGAGGGCCGUGGCUGUCCCCAGGCUGCGCCGGUCCACGUGGUGCAUGUCCCCGUGCCGCAGCCGAGCCACACGCACUACGUCCCCGUGCCAGUGCCUGGCCCGUCCCACUCGCACGUGGUCUACCGCACCCACUACAUUCACUCGCCCGCUCAUGUGAUCUACGUGCACGACCCUCCUGCCCCCCAGCCCCACCCCGACUUCGAAUACGACUGCAACGAGGGCUACUCCAACUGGUACUUCGGGUGGUCGCUGCAUAAGAAGUCGUGGUGCUGCGAUCACCAGCACAUGGGCUGCCCAGGAACGUGGCAUGGCAGCUUCCACCUCCACACCAACGUGCACAUCACACAUGGGGUUGGCCACGCACAUGGCCGGAUCUACGACUGUGGAGCUGGCUACUCCAACUGGAUGCAGGGAUGGUCAGACUCCAAGAAGGACUGGUGCUGCGACAAGGAGAACAAGGGCUGCGUCAAGUGCUGUGACAACUACCAGAAGGGCUGCCCUCAUACAACGCUGUCGCCGCUGAAGUGUGAUGCCGCCUGCACCGUGCAAGGCGAGACCUCCAAGUGCAUGGACCGCAUCCAGUGGGCGGCCAAGCACGUUUUCAACGACAAGGGCGAUGCCUGCAAUUUGGCCUACAGCAAGAUCCAAGUCGAGUGCGAUGUGUGCCGGGCCUGCUCCAUCCAGGAAGCUGGCUGCGGAGUGCACGGCCACGCGUCUGACCCAUUCGACUGCCUUGCGGCGCUCAACAACUUCUUCCGCGCUUGGUCGCCGGAGAAGAAGCAUUGGUGCUGCACCAAGCAGGGCAGGGGAUGCGAGGGCUCCAGCCCACCCGCGGUUGACGCGGGCGCCGGCAUGAUGUGGAAGCACGUGCAGGUGAACGGCUACUGGACUUGGCAGGCGGUGGGUGCUGGUGGCUCUGCCGUGCAGAGCCUGCCAUACGAUUGCCACGCUGGGCUCCGCAACUGGCACACUGGCUGGUCCGUGGGCAAGAAGGGCUGGUGCUGCGGCAACAUGCACUUGGGCUGCGAAGGGGGAGCUGGUGGAGCGGGCGGCUCUGGAGCCGCGGGUGGUGGAGCUGGUGGAGCUGGUGGAGCAGGAGGAGGGGCCUUUGGUCACCCGCCGCAUGCGGCUUCUGGCGGCAUGAUGUGGCAGUGGUCCACUUCCGGAGGUGGGCAUUGGAUGGAAGUCCACAUGGGCGGCCACCUCCCCUUCGACUGUUUCGCCGGCCAUUCCAACUGGCGGGCCGGCUGGUCUGUGCCCAAGAAGGCCGGGCUGUGGCUGGGCUCAAUCCCAAUCGUGCCCUCAAGGAACAUGGCCGUGGAUCAAGGCUCCUACAAAGCGGUCGACACAGGAUCGGGGGCAAGCACUGCCGGCUCGUGCUGCGCAGGAGCCCUGGCUGCUUUCCUCCUGGUGCUGUUCGCGUGCGGCCUGGGUCUUUUGAUUUGGUCCCUGGCGUCCGGAUCUGCGACUGGCCACUCCGGCGUGGGCACCUUUGACUGUGUGGCGGACUACGCCAACUGGAAGAAUGCAUGGGACCAACCACGGUGCGAGUACUGCUGCGAGCAAUUUGGCAGGGCAUGCGCGGCAGUGGCGCCAGAGAAGAGGGCGAGGUACGCGCACUACGAGCACGCGGAGCAUACGGAGGGCCAUGUCGGCACGGCUCACGGCCGGAUCUACGACUGCGGAGCUGGCUACUCCAACUGGAUGCAGGGAUGGUCGGAUUCCAAGAAGGACUGGUGCUGCGACAAGGAGAAGAAGGGCUGCGUGAAGUACCACUGCAGCGGGACGGAGAGUGCCUGGGGGGCGCAGCAGUCCGCGUGGUGCUGCGAGAAUUUCCAGAAGGCUUGCCCCAAGACCACGCUGUCACCGCAGAAGUGUAGCACGCCGUGCACCAUUGAAGGAAAGACCUCCACUUGCAUCGAACGCAUUCACUGGACGGCAGACCAUGUCUUCAACUCUAAGGACGAGAAGUGCGCCUUGGCAUACAGCAAGGUUCAGGUGGAGUGCGAUGUGUGCCGGGCCUGCUCCAUCCAGGAAGCAGGCUGUUCUGUGCAUGCAGCUGCUUCGGACCCAUUCGACUGCGCUGCGGCGCUCAACAACUUCUUCCGCGCCUGGUCGCCGGAGAAGAAGCAUUGGUGCUGCACCAAGCAGGGCAGGGGAUGCGAGGGCUCUAGCCCACCCGCUGUUGACGCGGGCGCGGGCAUGGUGUGGAAGCACGCGAAGGUAAACGGCUACUGGACCUGGCAGUCAGUGCCCGCUGGCUCCGCUCCGGGGACUCCCAGCCCGCCGCCGCCGCCGCCCAAGCCCUACGACUGCCACGCGGGCGUGGAGAACGCCAAGAGCGGCUGGUCCGUCGGCAAGAAGGACUGGUGCUGUGACCAUGAGAAGGUUUGCCCGGACCAGCCUUGUGGUGAAGCCGUAGAGGGGGACCGAUGGGUCUACAUGGGCGAGGGCCGUGGCUCCUACUCGCAGGAAUCUUCUAUCCAGUUUGUCGGGAAGGGCAUGGGCAGCUUGGAGAAGGAGACCAAGGUUGUGGGCGCUGGAGCUUACAGGUUCCGCAUGUGCUGCCUGGCUCUCCUGGCGCUUCCGCUGCUUCUGGCGCUGGGCUUCUUGCUGUGGUGGUGGUUGCGGCCAGCCUCGCCCGGCUUCAGCGAGGUGGUGAUCGAUUGCAAUGAGAAUUAUGAGAAUUGGCAGCAGAUGUGGACCACGACGCAGCAAGACUACUGCUGCAAGCAGUUCGGCAAGGGGUGCCCGCCGCCGCAGCAUGACCAUGUGGUCUAUCACUACGUGGGGGUGCCGGUGCACCAGCCGAGCCACAUUGUCCACGUGCCUGUGCCAGUUCCUUCGCCGAGCCACGUGGUUUACAAGACUCGCUAUGUCCACACACCGCCACACAUUAUCUACCACCACAUCCAUGAGCCUCCUCCCCCCCAGCCCCACCCCUUCGAAUACGACUGCGACCAGGGCUACUCCAACUGGUACUUCGGGUGGUCGCUGCACAAGAAGUCGUGGUGCUGCGAUCAUGAGCAGAAGGGCUGCCCAGGAACAUGGCAUGGCAGCUUCCACCUUCACACCGAUGUGCACAUCACGCAUGGGGUUGGCCACGCACAUGGCCGGAUCUACGACUGUGGAGCUGGCUACUCCAACUGGAUGCAGGGAUGGUCAGACUCCAAGAAGGACUGGUGCUGUGACAAGGAGAACAAGGGCUGCGUCAAGUUCCACUGCACCGGGGAGGCUCACACUUGGCACGGUGCCAAGCAACAGUGGUGCUGUGACAACUACCAGAAGGGCUGCCCUCAUACCACACUGUCGCCGCUGAAGUGUGAUGCUGGCUGCACAGUUCAAGGCGAGACAUCCAAGUGCAUGGACCGGAUCCAGUGGGCAGCCAAGCACGUUUUCAACGACAAGGCCGAUGCCUGCAAUUUGGCCUACAGCAAGAUCCAGGUCGAAUGCGAUGUGUGCCGGGCCUGCUCCAUCCAGGAAGCUGGCUGCGGAGUGAGCGGCCACGCGUCUGACCCAUUCGACUGCCUUGCCGCGCUCAACAACUUCUUCCGUGCCUGGUCGCCGGAGAAGAAGCAUUGGUGCUGCACCAAGCAGGGCAGGGGAUGCGAGGGCUCCAGCCCACCUGCUGUUGACGCGGGCGCGGGCAUGAUGUGGAAGCACGUGCAGGUGAACGGCUACUGGACUUGGCAGGCGGUGGGUGCUGGUGGUUCUGCCGUGCAGAGCCUGCCAUACGAUUGCCACGCUGGGCUCCGCAACUGGCACACUGGCUGGUCCGUGGGCAAGAAGGGCUGGUGCUGCGGCAACAUGCACUUGGGCUGCGAAGGGGGAGCUGGUGGAGCGGGCGGCUCUGGAGCCGCGGGUGGUGGAGCUGGUGGAGCUGGUGGAGCUGGUGGAGCUGGUGGAGCUGGUGGAGCAGGAGGAGGCUUUCACCACCACGGCUUCCACAACCACGCCCAUCCGCCAUAUUCAGCGAGCAGCGGCAUGGUGUGGCAUUGGUCGUCCAGCAGUGGCAUGUGGGAGAUGCGCCACAUGCACGGGCACAUGAGCUUCGACUGCUUCGCUGGCGCGUCCAACUGGCGUGAUGGCUGGUCGCAACCGAAGAAGGACUGGUGCUGCCAGCACGUGGGCAACAGCUGCGCGUGA